AUGUCUCAAGUCUCAGGAAAGCAAGAUUCCAUCAAAGGCAAGAUUGAGAAGACCUCUUCUGGAGUCAAGGUUAUGGGUUUGAAUGCGCAGGCCUCCGCUCAACCUAAGAAGGCUUUUGCAAGAAAGGAUUCAAGAACUCCCGCCAGAAAGCGCUACAUGUCGAGUGAUGAGGCCGAUGUUGAAGCAUCUUCUCCUCAAACUGAAAUUCCCGUGUCCAAUGUGCCUGAUAAGGAGAAUUCACCAUCUCAGGAUUCAUCCUCUGCGUCCAAGAACUCAGAACAAGAGAAUGAAGCCCACGAGGAGGUCGCUUCUGAGGAGUCUACCAAAUCUCCUCCAUCUGUUCAUGAAAUUUCAGAUGCUGAUGACUCAGAUGAUGUUCCUCUGGCAAGUGUGGCUGCCAGGAUGAAGAAGAGAAGAAGAGUUUCUGUUGAAGACACCCCCUCUGGUUCACAAAAGAAGGCCAAAUCCACUAUGGAUGUGAAGAGCAAAGGUAAACAAAAGGUUGUGGAUUCCUCUCACAAAAAGGUGAAGAAAACUGCUGAGAAGAAGAAAAUUCCAAGGAUUGAUUUGGAAUCUGAGUCAGAUGUUGAAGCUGAUGUCCAGGACAUUCAGACUUCUGAGAAGAAGAAAUUCUCUGGUAAGCGAAUUCCUUUCGAUGUUCCUUCUUUCCCUAUUGAUAAUGUUUCCUUUCAUGCUGGUGAGAAUGUUCUCAAGUGGAAGUAUGUUUGCAACCGUCGGAUUGCAAAAGAAAGGGAGAUUGGCAAGGAUGUGCUUGAGUGUAGGAUGAUUGUUGCUCUCAUUGACCGGGCUGGUCUAAGGAAGACUGUCAUGGAUAUUGGAAAAUGCUAUGAGAAGCUAGUGAAAGAGUUCCUAGAUAAUUUGACAGAUGAUGUUGGCAUUCCUGGAAGUGCUGAAUUCAGGAAAGUUUAUGUGCGAGGGAGGUGUGUAACCUUUUCCCCUGCUGUGAUCAACCAAGCCCUUGGAAGAAGUGUUGUGGAGUUUGUUGAGGAAGAACUGUCUUUGGACAGGGUUGCCAAGGAACUCACUGCUAGACAAGUGAAGAAGUGGCCGGCUAAGAAGCUUUUAUCUACAGGGUUGUUGAGUGUGAAGUAUGCUAUUCUAAACAGGAUAGGAGUGGUGAAUUGGAUUCCUUCUCAUCAUACCUCUGCUGUCUCUGCAAUUUUAGUCAAGCUGAUCUACAGAAUUGGAACUGAGAUUCCUUUUGAUUUUGGCUCUUUGCAUCCUGAUAUACUCAGAAUGGAUGAUGUGACUUUUCCUAAGGAUACCCCUAUCACUUUGGAUCAUCGUUUGUUCCUGGAUCCCCAUGUCCUGGACAUUGAUAUGCCAUCUCGCAGGACAUCAAUUCCUGUAUCUAUCAAGGUUGCUACUGAGAGGAAAUUGAAGGUGGAUUCUUUGCUUCUCAAGCUUAAAGAGGAGGCAGGUCUUGAGGAUGUAGCUGAGGAGGAAGGAUCUGAAGAACUUGCAGAAGAGACUUCAUCUUCUGGCAUUUAA